AUACAGUAGAACUGAAGGCGGAUUUUGUGUAUCUGGUUCUUCAUAAAUGUAUUUUUAUUACGUGACUGAAGAUAAGUGCAAGGAAUAUGGCAGAUGACACUCUGUUUGAAUUCCUCCACAUGGAGAUUGUUGCUCUCGUGUACAAGGAGCAGGCGACCCGGGAGGACAUUGAUAAGGAGAGAGUGACAUGUGUCUCUGCUCUAGAGGCGAUGGGCUUCAGAGUUGGACAAGGACUGAUUGAAAGAUUUACAAAAGACUGCCCCACUUUCAAAGAUGACUUGGACUUAAUGAAGUUCCUGUGUAAAGAUUUUUGGAGCACGAUCUUCAAAAAACAAAUCGACAACUUGAGGACCAACCAUCAGGGCACAUACGUCUUACAGGAUAAUACAUUUGCACUCCUAACUCAGUUUUCCAGUGGAAAGCAAUACCUUGAAGAAGCACCUAAAUACUUGGCCUUUUCCUGUGGGUUGAUUCGAGGAGCUCUAUCUAACCUGGGUUUGGAGAGCGUCGUCACUGCAGAGGUUUCUUUAAUGCCAUCAUGCAAAUUCCAAGUUGUAAUUCAGAAACUCUAGGAUGGACUAAAUGAACUCUGAUCAGCAAUGUUUCUUCAAUUAAAACUUUGUGAAUAUGAAUUACAUGGACCUAGAUUCUAAAUGUUUACAGCGUUCUAUUUGAUAUAAUGCUGUUUGCAGUUUCAAGCAU